UCAUAAAGAACCUAAAAACGAAACUAAAAAAGAAAUGUAAAACAAAACAUUAAGUGCUGAAAAGUAAAAAUAAAAACGGAAAAAAGUCACCGAGUGCAGACAAAACGAAGCUGAACUCAGUGGGAGGAGAGAUAGAAACGCAAGCAAGGGAGAAGAGACGAUGAUGAUUACCCGGAGACCCGUUUCGAGUCCGGGUCAGGUCGAGAAGUAUCCGCCGCCUUUCAUGGGGUUCUUGAAGAGCAACAGCAACGGCGGGAGCAGAGGGAGAAGCAAAGGAAGGUCCCGCGCGAGCCCUCUCUUCGUCCGCCGGAACAAAUCUGCGGCGGCCGCGGUGAGUCAAGAGCCGUCGUCUCCGAAAGUCACUUGCAUGGGUCAGGUCCGAGUCAAGCGAUCGAAGCCCAAAAUUAAACCCGAGUCUCGCGAAAACCCGACCCGAAAACGAUGCGAGUGGAUCCGCAACGGUCUCGCGGGGAAAAUCAAAUCGUCGUCGUUUUGGCCCAAAUGGAAACUGUUCACGUUUCCGUGUUCUCGCCAGAAACCGAAGAGCGACGAGAAAGAGAAAGAGAAAGACUCUCCGGUGAGUCAAUUUCAUCGCCCCGUAACGGAAUCAUCAUCCGUAGAAGUUGUAGAGCUAAACGAAGACGAAGAGGAAGAAGAAAAUUUCAAAAUCGCGUCGCCGGCUUCCUCCGCAACGCCGCCGAUAAACGCUCUUUUGCUGACGAGAAGCAGAUCCGCGCCGUACAGUUCGUCUUCGCUGGCUUUCAGAUUCUGGGAAGAAAAUAACGAACGAGAAGCAGAAUCGCGAAAGGAAAGGGAGCGAAAUGUUAGAUCGGAAGUUGCCGUCGGAGCCACCGGGAAAAUGAACGGGGUUAACGAGCCGGAAGCGAACAUUGGCGGGGAUGAGUUAGGGAUUGUGCGGCGGCGGGAGCUGACAAGGAGCAAAUCGGCCCCGGCGAGGAUCGGGGAGAAGAUGGUGUGCUUCUGGAUGAAGAAGAAGGUUAGGCAGGGUUUUGGUCUGUCACGUGAUUAGUCACUCCACUUGACUAAUUCUUUAAUUAAUCGUUAGCUUUCACUGAUUAGGAUAAAUGUGACUGUGUUAGUAUAAAGUUGUUUAUGCACUUGUGAUUUAUUUGUAUAUGAAACCAAUUGUAAAGUUGAUUUGUAUCCAUACAUAUAGCGUAAGGCUUAGCUACAUCUGCUACAACAAAAUGUUA